AUGGCCAAUAAAGUUAUUUCGUGGUUAGAAGAGACCGAAGAAGUUUUUUUAGAUGACUCAGACGAUACCGAUGCUGAUCCUAGUUAUGGAGAUCCCGUCGAAUUACGUGAAAAUAAGUCUGAAAGUGACAUUUCUGAACCUACGCAUAGAUCAAAUACUUCGAAAACCUCUCGUUCAAGAAGUCGUAGUCCUAUAGCACAGAAUUCUAACUACUUAGGGAAAGAUAAACAAACAAAAUGGUAUAAGGACGCUCCUCCUAGAAAUGUACGUACUCGACAACGUAACAUUGUUUUACGUUUACCAGGCGUAAAACAAAUAGGUCGCGAUGCAAAUUCUAUUUUAGAGUGCUGGAACUUAUUUUUUUCUAAUUCCAUUAUUGACGAUAUAGUAAAAUACAUUUAUCUCGAUAAAAUUCGUUCAAAAUAUACACAACAACAUAUGGUACGCGAAACAUCAAAAUCCGAAAUAAACGCACUUUUUGGACUGUUAUAUUUGGCCGGUGUUCUACGUAGUCAUCAUCUCAACCUUGAUGAUUUAUGGUCAAACGAUGGCUUAUCCCCCGAGUAUUUUCGAGCAGUUAUGCCAAAAGCACGAUUUUAUAUUCUUCUAAGAGCAAUGAGAUUUGACGAUAUAGGUACACGGGUCCAAAGAAAACAAUUUGAUAAGCUUGCAGCCAUUCGUUCUGUAUUUGAAGACUUUGUUCUACGCUGCGAGAACUGUUAUACAGUGGGGGCAAAUGUAACUAUAGAUGAAAUGCUCGAAGGUUUUCGAGGCCGUUGUAGUUUCCAACAGUACAUCCCAAGUAAGCCUAACAAAUAUGGUAUAAAAAUUCAGGCCUUAGUCGACUCUCGCACCUUUUAUAUGUCAAAAAUGGAAGUGUACGUUGGGACCCAGCCCGAUGGGCCUUAUAAAUGUGACAAUAACCCUGCAAGUGUCGUGAAAAGAUUAAUCGCCCCAAUAACGAAAACCGGUCGUAAUAUCACCAUGGAUAACUGGUAUAACUAG